AUGUGGAAGUCUCGAGCUCUUCAUCUCCCAUAUAUCCUGCUGAUAAUAUUAAUCUGCACCGGCACAAUCUCAGCCGCUGAACAUGGGCCAUUUGGACAAAAGGUCCGCGACGCGCAGAGACUGUCUGGACGUGCCGUCCCGCAGCAAGCGCCCUUAAAACUCCCCCAGGAUGACUUCCGCUUCCUAAAUCAGGAGACACAACCGUACCUAGUUGAAAGCCUACCCGAUGUCCCUUUCGACAUCGGCGAAAUCUACUCGGGGUCGGUGCCCAUCGAUCAAGGCAACGACUCACGAUCUCUUUUCUUCGUAUUUCAACCCACUAUCGGGGAUCCUGUGGAUGAGAUUACCAUCUGGCUCAACGGUGGACCGGGCUGCAGCUCGCUCCAGGGCUUCUUCCAGGAGAAUGGGCGGUUCCUCUGGCAGAAAGGCACGUAUCUGCCGGUGCAGAAUCCGUAUUCCUGGGUCAAUCUCACUAAUAUGCUGUGGGUUGACCAGCCUGUCGGGGCGGGAUUCGCCCUUGGCACGCCGACAGCCACGUCCCAGGAGGAUAUAGCCGACGACUUUGUCAAGUUCUUCAAGAACUUCCAGCAAAUAUUCGGGAUCAAGAGAUUCAGGAUCUUCGUCACGGGGGAGAGCUACGCGGGCCGCUAUGUGCCGUACAUCUCAGCGGCCAUGCUGGACCAGAAUGACACGGAGUACUACGACAUGCAGGGCGCCCUGGUCUACGAUCCCUGCAUCGGACAAUACGACUACGUGCAAGAACAAGCCCCCGCCGUGCCCUUCGUCCAAGAAAACGCGAAUCUUUUCAACUUCAACGCUAGCUUCAUGGAGGAGAUUGAGAGUCUGCACAAAACCUGCGGCUACGAGUCCUACAUGGACGAGUACCUCACCUUCCCACCAUCCUCGCCCCAGCCGCCCGUGUCGUUCAACGUCACGGACGAAGCAACAAGCUGCAAUAUCUUCGGCUCCAUCAACGCCGCAGUGCUACAGACCAACCCAUGCUUCAACAUCUACCAAAUCUCCCAGAUGUGCCCCCUGCAGUGGGACGUGCUAGCCUUCCCGACAGCCUUCCUCUACCAGCCCGCCGGCGCCACCGUGUACUUCGACCGAGCGGACGUCAAGCGCGCCCUGCACGCGCCCGAGCACAUCACCUGGGCCGCGUGCACAGAGGACCCCGUCUUCGUCGGCGGGCCCGAAGCCGAGGGCGACCUCUCCGCCAACCCCAUCGAGACGGUCCUGCCGCAGGUGAUCGAAGCGACGAAUCGGGUGCUCGUCAGCAACGGCGACUACGACAUGAUCAUCCUCACGAACGGCACGCUGCUCGCCAUCCAGAACAUGACGUGGAACGGGGCGUUGGGGUUCCAGGCGGCGCCGAGCACGCCCAUCAACAUCACGCUGCCGGACCUGCAGUACCGGGACGUGUUUAUGGCGAAUAACGCGACGGGGUGGCAGGACGGGCAGGGGGUGAUGGGCGUGCAGCACUAUGAGCGCGGACUGAUGUGGGCGCAGUCGUUCCAGACGGGGCAUAUGCAGCCGUCGAACCAGCCGCGCUUGACUUAUCGUCACUUGGAGUGGUUGCUGGGGCGGGUGGAUGAGUUAUAA